UUGAAAAACCUAGAUAUGUGAUUGAUCCGGGAAGAAGGGACAUUGAGAAACACCCAAGAAAAGAACACGGCUUAACGGCUUUUUUCACACUUUUACAAGGAGAAAAAGCGAAGGUGAAAAAUGAGAACAAAGGAAUUGUUAAACCUCAAGUGCACGUAUGCAUUUCUUGAUGCCUUGUCUGGCAAAAUAUUCCUAUAAAACAUCCUCGUUUCUUCUACUCACGCAAUCUCCCACUCAGAAGCCGAAACCCUGAAAUUCCAAAAGCAUUCUCACCUUUCUUCUGAAGUCAUAACCCCAUAACACCUCCAAACUGGAAAAUAUUGCAGAUAACACAGAAAGGGAAAACUAAAUGCGACAACCGCCAGCAGCAACCUCUCAACACCUCAUCCACAUGUCCCCACCGCUAUCUUCCGGGGAACCACAUAUGUCUUCCAACUCAACCACAACAUGUAACCCCCGCACUUGCAGUUGGCGGCCUUACUCCAACUCAAAUGACUUUGAAACUAACGCAGCCAUGGUCUUAAUCAUUCUCUUCUGUGCUCUAAUAUGCUUUCUGGCUCUUAACGCAGCCAUCCGCUGCUUCCUACGUGACGGUGGUGGGCGUCGCCCACGCUAUUCCCGCAACAACCACCUUUCUCAAACCCAACAAGAACUUGAGCAGAGAAAGCCUAUCCCAGAGGCAGCUGCAGCAAUUUUGGUGACAGCUACAACGCUGGUUUACUCAACCGGGAUGAAGUUGCCAGGAGCAGAGGCAGAAUGUGCUAUUUGCUUGUCUGAAUUCGUAGAAGGAGAGGGAAUUCAAGUAUUGGCAAAGUGUAAGCAUGGAUUCCAUGUACAAUGUAUCCGGCAGUGGUUGUCUUCCCACUACUCUUGUCCCACUUGUCGUUGUAGUUGUCUUUCUCCAUCUCCAUCCUCAGACGAGAAUAUCCACCAAUGCGUUGACAACAGUUCCCAAACAGCGAUGCCCGAACGGGAACCAUAGCAGCUUUGGUUGCUCGUCUAAUUCAUAUAGCUUGCGUAAGUAAACUGGCUUUUACAUUUUUUUUUCUUCGAGUACACCUCUGUAUUUAACAUAUUGGAAAACCUUUCUUACGAAUUGGAGAACUUCAAAUGUUGUCAAGCAUGUCGUACAUUAGCCAGAAUCAUGGUUGGUUAAGACGAAAGAAAUUGAAUUUUAAAGAUAUCAAAUAGUAACAGGGGUAAGAAGAUUGAAACAGAGAUCUGUAAAAAUAAAAACGGUUUCUGUU